GGUGGGCGUCCCAGCGAGGCCCGAGGGACGCGCGCGCGAGGCCCCUUUGUGGACUUCACGGCCGCCAACAUCUGGGCGCAGCGCGGGCCGCCUCUGGUUGCCGCGCCGCCGCCUCGCCUCGGGGACCGUAGGAGGCGCAGCCCCAAGGCCGGAGACUUCGGUUUGGGACCAGCCCCCCGGGAUGCGAUAGCUGCCGCUGUGCGGAGGCCGCCGAGCAGCUGCAGCCGCCGCCGCCGCCGCCGAGCAAAUCCACGCUGGCUCCGUGCGCCAUGGUCACCCACAGCAAGUUUCCCGCCGCCGGGAUGAGCCGUCCUCUGGACACCAGCCUGCGCCUCAAGACCUUCAGCUCCAAGAGCGAGUACCAGCUGGUGGUGAACGCAGUGCGCAAGCUGCAGGAGAGCGGCUUCUACUGGAGCGCCGUGACCGGCGGCGAGGCGAACCUGCUGCUCAGCGCGGAGCCCGCCGGCACCUUUCUCAUCCGCGACAGCUCAGACCAGCGCCACUUCUUCACGCUCAGCGUCAAGACCCAGUCGGGGACCAAGAAUCUGCGCAUCCAGUGCGAGGGGGGCAGCUUCUCGCUGCAGAGCGACCCCCGGAGCUCUCAGCCAGUGCCCCGCUUCGACUGCGUGCUCAAGCUGGUGCACCACUACAUGCCGCCCCCUGGCGCGCCCUCCCUCCCCUCGCCACCGACUGAACCCUCCUCCGAGGAGCCGGAGCAGCCACCGGCCCAGCCGCUCCCGGGCAACCCCCCCAGGAGAGCCUAUUACAUCUACUCGGGAGGUGAGAAGAUCCCGCUGGUGCUGAGCCGGCCCCUUUCCUCCAACGUGGCCACUCUUCAACACCUCUGUCGGAAGACCGUCAAUGGCCACCUGGACUGCUAUGAGAAAGUCACCCAACUGCCUGGGCCCAUUCGGGAGUUCCUGGACCAGUAUGAUGCCCCGCUUUAAAGAGCCAGGGGCAGGGGCCAGGCGAGGGGCCUGGUCCCCUCUCCUCCACGGCACAUGGCACAAGCACAAGAAUCCAGCCCCGGGAGUCCCCCUGCUCUGGGUGAGCCAGGGGGUGGACAGGGGCCCCCCUUUGGCCCUCCCCCCUGCAGAAAGGGGCAGGCAGGACCUGGAAUGCAUUUGACGGACAGGGAGUGCCACCUGAGCACCCCUCCUCCCUGCGUCUCCAGAGGAGCCAGCGCUCAGUGGGACAACAGCCGCCACAGCAGUGGGUUUGUUCUCUUCGCUUUUUGAUUCCCGCUGCAUCUCCAAAGGGGACACUGCAAGAGUUUUGAACUAGUGAGAACUGUCUGGGGAAUCUUCAAACUUUCCAACGGAACUUGUUUGCUCUUUGAUUUUGGUUUAAAACGUAGCUUUAAACCUGAGCAGGUCUGGGGCCUGCGAAAGAGUGAAUGAGAGAGGGCCCCUCAGGGGUUGCAGGCUGGCCCCAAGAAGUGCCACUCCCACUGCCCGGCCCAGGUGAGGGUGGCUGUAUGCUCCUACCCUGGGGAGAAGGGCAGAGGGUGGCCUAAAGGGGACCAUUCUUCUCCCCCUCCCCUUGGGACAGCCACGGGAAACUAUCUAGAUUCCAUCUAGUGCCCUAGAGUCCAGGGCCCUUCCCCCGUUUUAAGGGGGAAGUGGCAUUUGGAAGAGGAGUGGAAUAGAUGGGCUAGUCAAUUAUUCUUUCCCCACCCAAGCUAUACCUUUCAGCACCCAGGGGGUGGGGGAAGGACGGAGGAAAUGAGCCAUCUUUGACCCCAGGCCCAGGACAGAGAAGAUGGGGGCGUCUACUUUGUGCCUCCUGACUAGGUUUAGCUAGGAGAUUCGCCUUAAAUGCUCCCUGUCCCAUGGAUAGGGGCUGGCACACAAAAAGCCACACGCUCAGCCAAUCUAGGCAGAGGCCAAGGGCUUCUCAGAGGGCACCCAGUUGGCCCCUCACCAUGGGGAGGGGGAAAACCAUGCCUUCCAGCUGAGCACUGGAAGAAUGCUAGCCCAGUUGGUACUGGCCAGUCCCAGGUGUCUUGUGGUACCUGGGCUCUGGCCAGAACAGAGCCACCAGGUCCCACAGCCCCCCAGGCCCUGCACAGCUCUCCCUUCUCACCUGGGGGUGGGGGGCACAGGCGGGACCUCACAGAGAGGCCUGGCACCUGCCACCCCGGCUGCUCCCACUCUGCAAUAGCACUGAUCAGUGAAAAUUUACAGGAAUGUAGCAGUGAUGGAAUUACCUGUAACUGCUCUCUUUUGGGGAAAACUAAACAAACACAAUGUUUUCUGUGUCAGGUAUUUGGCCGGAUGGGGCAGCUGUGUUGGGGUGGGGGUUUUUUUGUUGUUAUUUUGGUUUUUUGUUUUUUAAUAAUGUUUACAAUCUUCCUCAAUCACUCUGUCUUUUAUAAAGAUUCCACCUCCAGUCUGCCCCCCUUCCCCCACCUAAGCCUUCCAGGCUGUUAGGAGAUGCUUGAAGAACUCAACAAAAUACCAAUCCAAGUCAAACUUUGCACAUAUUUAUAUUUAUAUUCAAAAAAGAAACAUUUCAGUAAUUUAUAAUAAAGAGCACUAUUUUUUAAUGAAAAACAUGA